AUGCGUCUUGCCCCGCAGCCAAGCGCGCACCCCCUGCGGCUCAUAGUCCUACUUCUUGUGCUCUUGGCGGAGGUGUUCGCGUCCCCUGUGCUGUCCACGGGUUGCCCGGACCGCUGCGUGUGUGAUGACCAACUGGUGGUACAAUGUGCCGACCAACACUUGACAGCCUUCCCGGUGAAUCUGCCCCUGGCCACACGGCAGCUCAUCAUCUCCAACAACAGGAUCAAGGAGCUUCCCGCGCUCGCACUCAACUACCUCUCGGACCUGGUGUACCUGGACUGCAGCAAUAACUCCCUCUCAGAGAUCUCAGAGUCCACGUUCGGGAAUCUACGCAAACUGGCCUAUCUUGACCUAUCCUUUAAUACACUGAGCAGCAUAGAGGACAGGACGUUUGGACCUCUGUCCAGUCUGGUCAUGCUGAGGAUGACAGACAACCCGGGGCUGUCACACAUUCAUCCGGACGCGUUUUCAGAAAACGCAGCUCUUCAAGUGUUGGAUGUGAGCCGCAACAACCUGACAAGCCUCAACAUCACGUCACUAAUCGCGCUGUCGGCUCUGCGCUCCGUGGGCCUCAGUGGGAAUCCCUGGAGCUGCGACUGUGACAAUGAAGACCUCUGUCUGUGGGUUCAUCUGGAAGGCUUCAAAUUUCAAGAUGAGGGUCAGACGGUGUGUGGAUCACCUGUGGAUCUCGAGGGCAACCGCCUGGGAGAAGUGGGCCUCCAGUUACGCACUUUGUGUCACCAGACGCUGGGGUCCUGGGACUACCUGUUCUUUGUCCUCAUCGGUUUUGCCAUAUUUGCGGCUGGAACUGUGUCGGCUUGGUUCAUGGGGGUCAUCAUGGUGCUGUAUGAGCGCUACAUCAAGAAGAAGGACCAGCAGGUGGAUCCAGAAGAGGAGGGGGAGAUGCUGGAGACUGGGAGCAGGAGUGACCAGGAGAACGGGAAUCUAAACAGUGCACACACAGUGUGA